AUGCAUGCCUUCAAACUCGCCACCAUUACGGUUGAUACGACCGUCAUCGGUGAAUAUCGUGAUGAAUGGCAACCCGUGGCGCUUAGCUAUGUCGUAGUCGUUCUUGUCAUGCGAUGGUGUCAGCUUGACAGCACCAGUCCCGUACUCGGGGUCCACAUGCUCGUCGGCCACCACCACCAGCUUGCGGUCGGGGAUGAAGGGGUGCACGAGCUCGCAGCCGACCAGGUCACGGUACCUGGCGUCAUUGGGGUGCACGGCGACACCGACGUCACCGAGCAUGGUCUCUAUCCUGGUGGUCGCGACGGAGAUAUGCUUCUCCGGAUCCGCGCCCUUCACCUGGUACUUGAAGAUCCACAAGGACCCCACCUCAACGGUGGAGUCGUAUCCAGGUAUCUUGAUCCAAACUGGGGCUGUGACCUCGAAAGUGUCCACCUCGAUGUCGGAAAGCGCCGUAGAGAGGUGGGGGCACCAUGA